AUGGUUGCUGUUUCAUUUUCUCUGCUACUGUCUGGUGGGAUUGUUGCAUUGGGAAAGUUUAAUGCUCUUCAUAUUGGUCAUAAAGAACUUGCAAUUCAAGCAUCUAAGGUUGGAAUCCCAUAUCUUUUGUCGUUUGUAGGAAUGGCCGAAGUCCUUGGUUGGGAGCCUAGGCCUCCCACAGUUGCCCGAUGUGAUCGUGUUCUUUCCUCUUGGGCUCCGAAUUGUGGUAAUGCGGCUCCCAAGGAGUUCCAGGUACAAUUUACCAGUGUUAGGCAUCUUAGUCCGAUGGAGUUUGUGGAGAAGCUAGCAAAGGAGCUGGCAGUUUGUGGAGUUGUAGCAGGUGAAAACUAUCGCUUUGGUUAUAAAGCUGUUGGUGAUGCUUCAGAAUUGGUGAGAUUGUGUGAUGAGUUUGGUAUGGCUGCUUACAUUAUAAAUUCUGUCAUGGACAGGCACCAAGAUGCUAGAAAUAUGAAUCGUUUAGAUUUAAAAGACAGGGGGCAAGUUUCGUCUACCCGUGUUCGACGCGCGCUAGCCAAAGGUGACAUGGAAUAUGUAUCGGAGCUUCUAGGUCGCCCACAUCGCUUGUUAUCUAUGAUUAAAGAUUGGGAAAACUUUACUAGUACUAGCAGUAAACAAAUGGUGUCAGCUCCAAAAUCUUCUUUGCUAAAUCUACCACCAAAAGAUGGUUUUUACGAGAACUGUGCUCUUUUAUUUGGAGAACAUGAACCGGUAACAUGUAGAGUGUCUAUUGACACAACGCAUAUCCAUCUAGAGAUGGAUCGAGUAGAUUUUGUUGAUGAGUAUCACUCUCGAAAUUCUCAGGUCUUGGGUAUUGAAUGCUGCAAAUCGAGAGUUAAUUUUGCUUAGCUUAAGUUAUCUUUU